AUGUGGUCCCAGAAACAACCUAAAAAAGACCUCACCAUUUAUGUGGGUCCCAGAGGAAGAUCACUGAAUGUCAAUGUGGUCCCAGAGGAACUAACCUCACUGAAGUUCUAUGUGGUCCCCAGAGGAACCAACCCACACGAAAGUCAAUGUGGUUACAGAGGAACUAACCUCACUGAAGUUCUAUGUGGUCCCAGAGGAACCAACACGAAAGUCAAUGUGGAACCAACCUCCCAGGUUACAGAGGAACUAACCUCCAGUUCUACAGAGGAACCAACCAACACGAAAGUCAAUGUGGUUACAGAGGAACUAACCUCACUGAAAUUCUAUGUGGUCCCAGAGGAACCAACCUCAACACGAAACCUCACUGUGGUUAUCCCAGAGGAACCAACCUCACUGAAAUUCUAUGUGGUCCCAGAGGAACCAACCUACACGAAAGUCAAUGUCAUUUACAGAGGAACUAACCUCACUGAAGUUCUAUGUGGUCCCAGAGGAACCAACCUACACGAAAGUCAAUGUGGUUACAGAGGAACCAACCUCACUGAAGUUCUAUAUUGGUCCCAGAGGAACCAACCUACACGAAAGUCAAUGUGGUUACAGAGGGGGAACUAA